UAAUUCCAGUACCAGUCAUACCACAACGUUGUAUAGUCUAGUUCUGCAGACCGCGUUGAAGGCGGCAUGAAGCUACAGCAGGUGUACCUGGCAGCCGUGGUGCUGGCUGUGAUGGCCUCAACGCUGGCCGACGAGGAGGCUAAGAAAAAGCUGUGGGAGCGGCUGGACCAUCUUGACCCUGACCAUGACGGACUGGUGACGCAGGAGGAGUUGAAGAACUUUGCAUUUCGGGAACGGAACAGGGACCUCUGGGAAGACGCGGACGAGCAGUGGGAUUCCAUGGAAGUUCCUCCUGGUGAAAAACUGACGUUUCAGCAGCUGAAGGAGAAAUUCUACACCGACGAGUUUCCCGAAGACGAGGGCCCGUUCGGCCGGACGGUUCAGCAGGACCACACCCGCUUCAACGCCUCCGACCAGAACCAAGAUGGCGCCCUGGACAAGGAAGAGUUCCUCGCCUUUCUGUGGGCGGAGGAAUACCCGCACAUGCACGACCUCAUCACACUGGAAACUAUUGAAGACCUGGACAGGAAUGGCGACGGAGCCGUCAGCUACAAUGAGUACAGGGGAGAGGAUGAGGGUACGGCGCAUGGCGGUGACUUCCAGGAAGACCCCGAGUUCCAGGAAUUUGACAAGGACGCGGACGGGAAGCUGAGCCACGCGGAGGUCAAGGAGUGGGUCCUGGGGCCGACCUUGGACAUGAUCAAGGAGGACGAGGAGAAGGUCAAGGACGUCUUGUCCAAGCUGGACAAGGACGAGGACGGGAAACUGACCCGGUCCGAGAUCGAGGCUGACCCGGAAGUGAUUGACACCCUGAGGUACGAUGAUGAUGACGACGGAUUCAUACAUGACGAGUUUUGAGACUUUCAAUUUUUUUGCCCCUCAAAACUUUUUCCUUUUUUUAAAUGUACAGUUGUUUUUUUGACACCACAUUACUUCAACUUUUCAUGAUUACAUUUUAGAUGCCACCUUAAGAUUUAAACCGAUAAAUUUUUAUGUUUGAAAUCAUGUGAAGUAGAUUCUUAAUCAGAAUGUUUUCUUGUUAUAUUUGAGUCAACAAAAACAAGUUUUUGUAAACCUAUUGGAAAGCAAUGGCUAUUUCAUGGUGAAUGGAAGCUUUAAGAUUUAAGUAUAUGUUUGUAACUUUCAAUUCAUGUGAAGUAGCUUCUGGGUUAGAAUGUCUUCUUGUCAUAUUUGAGAACCAAAGAGUGAGUUUUGUUGUAAAUCCAUUGGAUAGCCAGAACUAUUCUUGAUAAAUAGAACUUUAUCCGUUGCUAUAGCUGUGAUUUUUCCAACUGAAUCCAACUCAAGAAGUCCAUACAUGGAAUCUAUCCCAGAUAUUCACUUACCUUUUCAUCCAUCCACCCAUUUACCCAUCUCUCUAUCCAUCCACCCAUCCAUCUACCCACCCACCCAUCCAUCCAUCCAUCCAUCCAUCCAUCCAUCCAUCCAUCCAUCCAUCCACUCUUCCAUCCAUCCAUUCAUCUUUCUAAUCAUGUUUCAAUCAUUUUCUAUUCUGUAUUCAAACUUCCAAACCUUUCUCUAUCAGUAAAUGCUGUCUCACUACCCACAAUGCACUGAGACCGACACACUUUCCCCGCAACAUGUGGACUUUAUUCCAGUGUUGUGACGUCACUGAAGACUGUGUAAAAUAGACCACAUGAUCAUAUGGCUGAUGACGUAAAAAUAAAGCCCGUCUCGCCGGAAAUAGUAUCUCUCACCAGUCACAAUCAGUAAGAAAAGGAGUAAUAUACUUUCACCAGGAGGAAUAUUUCACUGCAACGUCGGUAUGAUACAUUUUGUACAUACCUGCUGGAUUUAAUGAAUAACAAUAUGAGGCAAAUUUUCCAACAUACGCCAACAUACCCACGUGGUACAGGACUUUCAUUUCUCGCGAGAAUUGGUGGCGAGAUUUGGUUAGUGGAAAAUUGUUGGAUUUGAUUGGUACCGUUUCCUUCCCUAUCAUAAAAUCAUUGUGAAAAAAACGAUGUGAUGUUGGCAUUUUUUUACAGGUGAUGGAAUGUAGACAUCGUGCAAUGUAUCUGUAGGGCAUAGUUGAGCAAAAACAAUGUUUUCUCAUUAGUUUAAACAUAGGUGGGGCAGGUUGUGGUGUUUUUAAAAUGCUCUUAUUGAUUGUUUAUUUUUCGUCAUAACUUAUGGUUCUAUUUUAAAGGUUUAUUUCUUUGUUUACAAAGAGGAACGUCAAUUUUGAAGGGCUGUAGAACAUAUAUUUAAAAUCAUGUUUCUCCUGUGGUUCUAAUCCAACAUGGCCACCUGGUGUCAAGUUACAGACACGUGACCCUUCCCAGAACACACCAGGGCAUGUUGACGCACCUCGGCAACAGCCUUACGAUACAAAAGUCCUACAUAUAUAGUCUGCACAAUAUACAGUCAUCACCCACAGUACUGGUUUUCAACCGCAGUUAUUACUCUACAUCUAAAACGAAACAUAAAACAUAAAGGACUGAACAAAACACUUAAAAUCUUAGAUUGAAUAGUUUUAAAUGUAAAGAUAUUCAUAAAAUGCACAUAACGAAAGCCUGAACUAUCACCUUGUAUGGUUUCAAAAAGAUCGUCACUGAUUUGGAAAGACAGGGCAAAUCAUACAAAUACCUUCCUUCGUAGCUAUACAAGCGUUUGCAAACAUAUUGAGGCUGAUAUGACAUAAUA